UUUACAAUAAAACACUCUGACAGGUGAUGCGUUGCACUAGUUCAAUCAAAGACAGUUGUUUUGCAACAGUCUUGUUGCAAGGUGUGUGUAAUAAUAUGUUUACGAUGCAUUACACCAACAUCAGAUCAUCAAAUGCUCUUCCACCGUUUAUCGCAUGUUUAUUGGUAUUACACUCGACUGGUAUCACAGAAGCGACAAUAUGGCCACACGAGACAGAUCUUCAAAUAGCACGUCAAACUUGCGAAAAAGCACGCUUUCCACUCCUUUGCAUCUCAACAUUGACUUCGUUCCCGAAUCUUGCCUCAAAAUCCAUACCACAAAUGAUCCGCUCUGUUCUCAACCACACCGUACACGAGGUCCAUUCCUGUUCACACGACUGUGUUCAUAUCAAAAAGAACCACCAAACCCUCGCCAAUACCGAGCAGAUAGCACUCGAUGAUUGCAUACACUUGUUCGAUGACACCAACUCGACACUGAGGACCGCUAUUGCUGACCUCGAGCGAAAUGAAUUGGGCGACCUGCAGACCGCCCUCAGUAGAGCGAUGACCAACUUAGGCACAUGCCUAGACAGCCUGGCUCACUGCGAUAAGAACAAGCUUAGGGAGAGGUUUCAUUCGAGACUUUCUAAGCUCUCUAACCAUGUUAGUAAUUCACUGGCGAUGCUGCAUAAAGUGCCCAAUUUGGGGAGCCCCACAAAAUCUGAGGUGUUUCCGGAGUACGGGGAAAUGAAAGGGGAGUUUCCGGAAUGGUUGUCCGACUUAGAUCGGAGGUCACUCACGUCACAUGGUCCGCCCCGAGGCCAUGGUCCACGCAAAAGUCUAAAGGCUGGUCCGGCAUUCGAUAUUGUGGUGGCUCAAGAUGGGAGUGGGAGGUUUAAAACUGUUUGGGAGGCUAUCAAUGCGGCACCCGCCAACAACCGGAACAGGUUCACGAUAUACAUUAAGGCCGGAGUGUACUGGGAAACUCCAUGGGUCGUCAAGACUAAAAUUAAUCUGAUGCUGGUUGGUGAUGGAAUUGGGAAAACUAUUCUUAGAGGUUCUAAAAACGUCAAGGAUGGAACGACAACAUUCAAUUCAGCUACUUUCGCUGUAAUCGGUAACGGCUUCAUCGCCAGAGGCAUAACCUUCGAGAACGUGGCCGGCUCCGUGAAGCACCAAGCCGUGGCGGUGCGGAACAGCGCCGACAUGUCCGUCUUCUACCAAUGCGCCUUCCUCGGCUUCCAAGACACCCUCUACACCCAUGCCGGCCGCCAGUUCUACCGGGAGUGCCAGGUCGCCGGCACGAUCGACUUCAUCUUCGGUGACGCCGCCGCCGUCUUCCAGAACUGCGACAUCAUCGUCCGCAAGCCGGACCCGUCCCAGACCAACGUCAUCACCGCCCAGGGCCGUGAGGACCCCCGUUCCAACACCGGGAUCUCCAUAAUCAACUGCAAGAUCUACGCCGGGGCGGAUUUGGCACCUGUCAAGGCGCAGUUCAAAACCUACCUGGGUCGCCCCUGGAAGAUGUUCUCGCGGACGGUGUUCAUGAAGUCCUUCAUCGAUGAUCUGAUCAACCCUGCCGGGUGGCUGGAAUGGGAUAAGGGGUUCGGCUUGACGACGUUGUAUUACGGGGAGUAUCAGAAUACGGGGCCGGGGGCGAAUACGGCCGGGAGGGUCAAGUGGUCCGGGUACAGGGUGAUCACUAAUGAACAGGAGGCUGGGAUGUUCACCGUGGAUAAGUUUAUAGCGGGGAAUACGUGGUUAAAAUGGACUGGUGUUCCCUUCUUCCCUUGGCUAAGUUAAGUAGAGAUUGAUGAUUACUUGUUCGUCGAAAAUUAGGAGAGUAGAUUUCUGUUUUGUUACGUUACGACGGAAAAUACAUAAGUUUCUUCAAAAAAUGCAUUAAAAAUUAAAUAUAUUUAAUUUCUUGGUUACAUUCUGCGACGAUUUUCGCGGACUCACUCUGUCGAAAACGUUAUCUCAAUGUGCGUUAUUAUUUUAACGGGCACGUGUGGAGAUGGAUCAAUAGACAAGAUCCCUCAAUUUUUUUAUCUACAAAUUUGUACAAUAAAAUUGAUAAUAAAACAACAUACUUAUGUCAGGA